AUGUCCGCACUAUCAGAUCAGGUGGCAUCCCCUCACGAAAAACGGCGCCGUGUUCAGCGCGUCGCAGUAGCAUGCGAUUUAUGCAAAAGGAGAAAAGUGAAAUGCGACGGCGAAUUACCAUGCGCAUACUGUGUGCGAAAGGAUCGCGCAGCUACGUGUGCAUUCACAGGCUCGAAUGCACGCACUCAGGCCGCCUCUAUUGGAAAUACCCCAACUAUACGUAUUCGUACUGAAGGACCUUCAUUUCACAGUGUUCGCUCAGCCGGCCAUACACCAGACAAUCGAGAGGGCAAUAUCCUGGAAGAUACUCAAGGACCACGUUACCAACAUGAUGGGGAUGGGACCGACCGUUCAAUCUCGCCUACGCAUAGUAGAGAUGACCAACAGGGUGACACGGCUGUGCCAUUAGAGGGGCGCAUUCUCCGUGAUGCUCAAGGCAAGCUCAUCUUCAUCGGCGAUUGUGCCCCACUGUCGUUUCUGCAAACGGUCAAACACCUUAUCACAUCCGAAGUCGAUUCCGGGGUUUCCGUCCAGGCCGCAAGAGACCCUAUCAUUGAGAUUACGCGUCCUGCAUCGACGGACCAACAACGGUGCCCUCCUAUUGAUCCAAAUCAAGUGGAAAUGCUAGUCGAAGAGUACAUCGCCGCUAGCAGUGGUCUCGUGCAGCUUUUCCAACGAGAAGACCUGGUUCCAGAGCUGAAACAUUGGGCGAAUGAUCAGGCAUCUAGCGCUGACGAUGUUGCUGCUGCUGUUUUUCACUUGGUCCUAGCCAUUGGUGCACAAGACAAGUUCGAGGACAAAGCAGAAGCGUGGUUUAAGCAUGCACUCAAUACACUAUUGAAGUUUAUGUGUAGCAGCAUGAAUGUCUCUACCGUACAAGGUUUCACACUUGUAGCAAUCUUUAUGCUCCGUGCUUCGCAGCCAAACGGGGCGUAUCUGUACUUCUCUUUGGCUGCGCGUGCUUCCUAUGCGAUUGGACUUCAUAGAACUGAAGUUAAUGCUUCUUUCGGCGAGGAUAUCAAAUUAGUACGGGAUCGCAUUUGGAAAAGUCUGCGCGUUGUUGAUCAACUCAUAAGCAAUGCUUUGGGUCGGCCCCCCUCUACGUCUGAUGUUGACUGUACUGUAAAAUACAAUGUUCCCGAGGAUAUACACGGAGACUCUGGCGUCAACAUACUCGACGCGAGCGUGCAAAUCUUCAUGAUUAUUGAACGUGUCGUGGUGGAUGUGUACUCUCGCAAGCGCAUAUCUCUGCGCAUUGCCGAUUAUGUCUCAAGGCAAUUGAAAAAUUGGGCAUCCAAAUGGCUCGGCAGACUAUCUGAUGUCACAACUAGACGACCUUCUCGUGAAGCAGUAGUUGGCGCCUGCUCGACGCUAUGCUCUUACUACUACGGGAUCAUGCUACUUACACGGCCAUUCCUCAUAUAUGAGCUUUACGAAUAUAUGGGCGCUUCACUCAAAAGCGGGGGCACGCAAGUCGAUCUUCAGGAGAAGCGCAAAUACGCGGAUGCCGCCAUCGAUGCUGCUUCAGUUUUGGUCGAUACACUACAAGUACUGAUCGAAGCAGGUCAGUUGCCUCGUAGAAUGCCACUGAUAGUAUCUUGGCUCUUCACUGCCACACUGGUUCUAGCCGUUGGCAUCCUCGGAGACUCUGGUCUCAUUUUGGAGGGCAGCUGUAAAGAUGCCAUCGUUUGCAUGAACUAUUUUGGCGAGGUCGAUGCCCAUGCCCGCCAAUAUUCCCAUGCCGCUCAGUCUCUGCUCAAAAUCACGACUGCACAUGCGAAAAAGAGAGAACUGCAUUUGCGCAGAAAACGGAAGCAAGCCUCCUCUGAAUUGUUUGGUUUGCUAGCCUCUGAACAAAGUUCUCGCCUUCAUACAGUUGAUGGAGUCCCGCUACGACCCGACCCUGCGUUACUGACCUCUACAGAAGUCGCUCAGCGAAAUCUCCCCGCACACGCGGCGAAUGACUGGACUAUCUACGAUGCUGACUUUUUCGCAUUGCCAUGGCCCAUUGAGAAUGACCAAGGUCUCCAAGGCUUCCUUCAGCCGGGCACCCACAAUCUUGAUGGUGCAUCUGUAGCUGAUAUACCGCUUUUCCCUAUCCAUGACCAACAAAUGGUUAGCGGCUUCUUUCCGUAG